GUCAGUUUUCAAUGAGGAAACUGAAGAUUAUGAUAAUGAAGCGGAGAGAUGGGUUAGUCGACUUGACCUAGUGGUGGCAGUUGAAAGCGACAUAGGCAGGGAGGGUGUUGCCCGGCCGUGGCCAGACGGUGUGACAGUGCUCGCGCACUUCGCCAUGCAAACACACUCGCCACAUGGCGCGAACGGCGCACAUCGCGCUCCUGGCCUACCUGCUCGUGGCCUCGUGCGUCUCUUACACGAAAACCUUGGACUCCGACGAGUCUUUCGGCUUCUUCGACUACGCGGACUCCCCUGAAGCAGCACCGUGCCCGAAGAACCACAAAGUGAUACUACGUAAAGUUCCAAAGUUAAACGUGACUGUUAAAAAUAAAAGUGAUGGUAAAAAGCGUAUUUACAAAACUACUAUCAAUAUUUCAAGCCAUACUAAUAUUAUAGUGACUGUGCGUCCGCCUACGAAUAUUAUAAGUGAUGUUGUUACAGUGUUGCCAGAAACAAAUGUGCAAAACUAUGAGGAACAAUUGUGGGUAGGUGUUAAUAUGUCCACAGCAGCGCCACCAAGCAGAAGGAAAACAUCUACCUCUAGAAAACCCAACACCAGACGCCCUAGCCAGCGUCCGUCUACAACGAAACAGCCCCAGAGUACCACAGUACGAAACCUUCCAACGAGAAGGAUAACAACAAAAGCUUGGUCAAAAACCACAAAGAGAACACGCAAGCUACCAUGCCACAAAAAAAUUGCGGGAUGCACUGCUGACAAUAUAUUGAUCGACAACAGAAUAAAGAAGACUCCAAAAAUACAAGAGAAAUCAGGUUGGUUAAUAGGAAUAUUUUCAAAACUGUACGAUUGGAUUGUACAAUCGAAGUCGUCUUGGUUUAAUGGCGGCUUCUUUGAAGAAGCGGAAACAAAAUGGCCGACCACCACAUCGACAACGCCUAUUCCUCCAUCGACGUCAACGCCCGGUUGGUUUCAAACGCUCCUCGAUUCGGAAGAGAAUGACAACGCAUCCGCUAAUGAUGGCACGGUGACGCCCAAAAAGAAGUCUAUUAAGAAGAACUACAACGGUUAUCAACUUCUUCGGGCAUUUCCUGAUCAGCAGUGGAAGAUUCGGUCUAUGCUAGACCUGCAAGAGGAGAGUGAAGGUUCUGGUGUGAUGUGGUGGACUCUACCUUCCCUCAACGGCUCCACUGACCUUCUGGUGCCUCCAGACUUACUAAUAGAUGUUAAAGAUCAUUUAAAAUCAUCUAAUAUCGAUUUUGAUGUAAUAAUAUGGGAUCUACAGAAAGCAAUUUCAUAUGAGAAUCCAAAACUGUCCAAAAAGCAGAAACUAGAACUGGUACAAUUGCGAGGGCACCCAAUGACCUGGAGACGUUACCAUCGCUAUUCUGAUAUAAUACGAUAUUUGGAGUACUUGCAGCAUUCGUAUCCAGAUAUUCUUGAGCUAAUGUCACUUGGGCGAUCAUCUGAAGGUCUACCACUGGUUGCUGUUAAGAUUUCAGUCCCCUCCAAUGAAACAAGAAAAGGCGUUAAUAAGGGACGGAAGAAAAAAUAUAAAUUACGAACGUUUAUGAAGCCAGCAGUUUGGAUCGAAGGUGGGGUUCAUGGACGGGAGUGGAUAGCACCAGCUGUAGCGUCCUGGAUGAUACACAACUUGGUUGAAGGGGAGAAAGGAACAGGAACAGGUGCUGACUACGAAAUGCUAAAAGUAGCAGACUUCUACAUCAUGCCAGUGGUGAAUCCGGAUGGCUAUGAGCACUCUCACACGCACGACCGACUCUGGAGGAAGACCAGGUCGAGAAGAGAUUCUGAAGAUUAUUCUGGCUGGUUGCCAUGGAACUGGGGCCGCAGUGAAUGUGUUGGGGUAGACCCAGACCGCAAUUGGGAUUUCCAUUGGGGCGAACAGGAUUCAUCAAUGGAUCCUUGUUCUGACAAUUACGCCGGCCCAAACCCGUUCAGUGAACCAGAGACGAGAGCCGUCUCCAACUUCCUUGAGCAACGGCGGGGCCAAAUUAAGGUGUACUUGUCCCUGCACGCAUAUUCUCAAGCAUGGCUACUUCCAAGUUCACAUACCUUCGCGUCAUUCUCCGACGAUGGUAUCCUCAUGGAGAUGGGCAAAUUGGCCACUCACGCACUCGCUGAUAUGUAUGGAACUAAAUAUCAGGUUGGAACAGCAGCUGAUAUCAGACAGCCCGCGUCCGGCAUGUCCCACGACUGGGCCAAGGCUCGUGCUGGUAUCAAAUACUCCUACCACAUUGAUCUACGGGACUCAUUUGGACCUUACGGAUUCCUAUUGCCUGGAUCUCAGAUAGUCGCGACAGCAAGGGAAACCUGGCAAGCUGUUCGAGCUAUUGUUGAUAAUUUGGAAUCGUGAUCAGUACUUACUACAUGUAAAUAAAUAAUGAUAGUAAUUAGGACUUCCGAGCCUAAACAUUUUGGCUGUUCUGAGUUAGUACUGGAACGAACCUCGAGUCUUAGGCUAAGAUCUUAAGAUCGAAUAGCGUACUUAGACAUUGCUCAGACUUUACUUAAGUAAAACUGACCUGAGUGUAAGCUUAGCAAAUAAUCUUUAAAUUUCGUUUUUAUAGUCAUUUGACAGCUAAAAUUUUGCUGAGCUUUAGCCAAGACAGCCCAAUGCAAAAGUCAAGUUCGCGUUUUAUCACAUUCAGCUAAGUUUUACGUAAGUAUAGAUCUCAGCCUUAAAGAAUAGACGCAAAGUAAGAAGACUAGUAUCCCGUAGGCCGGCAACGCACCUGUGAGUCUUCCGGUGUGUCAGAUGUUCAGGCAGACCUCGCUUUCCAUUGGGUGAGCCAUUCAGCCAUUCGUCUUCUCCUCCAGAGCUCUGUGAAUUGAGCAGUUCCUGCGGUAGAACUUCUUUAUUUAUAUUAUUGACUUAUUAGGCACGUAUUUAGUAUAAGUAUUAGUUAUAUUAGACAUUUAGUAGCAUAUCAGUAUUCGUUUAAAUUCUCUAUAUGAUAAGUUGAAACCUUUGACGUACAUACAAUAAACAACUAGAAUCACAAUCACGCUCAAACAAAACUUGUGUUGUGACCGCGCUUUGAAUACAACGCCACGCAAUGAAAAAGUGUUCAGUGAAAACCUGUCGAAUUAUCAGCAUAUCCAAACAAAAAGGAUGGAGUGUCAUAUUUCAGCUAAGUUUUUUUUUAAUUUACAAAAUAAUGUUACUCACUUGACGUUUUGAAUGAUUAUGAUAAAUUACAUUUCAAUUGCUAAAACAAAAUAAGAAAUACAACGCCGCUCGGACAUUUUUGGCGACCUUUUAAUAGGUGAAUUUGAGUCUAUUUGUUUAUAGUACGGCAAUGGUUAGUCAGACUUACACACUACGGGUUCUCUAACAUUGUAUACAAUAAAACUGUGUCGGUACUUUUAAAUACUUUUGUAAACGAAAUAUUAUUUGUUACUUCCGUGGCGGCCAUGUUGGAAUUUGACAACUUUUUGAUACAACUUUGCGCAGUCACUGUACUUUGGCAAUAACUCAAUUUCUUCGUUAACUCUUUGACUUCGAAUUAUUCGUCAUAAUCAACACUGUCUGGAGUACUUCCUAAUUCAAGAGCUGAAUGGCUUCGACUAGGAAGUUUUUAUUUUAGUAUCUGCUCCGACAUGCCUAUUUCUGCAAAUUAUGCACGGGAUCCCGAAUGAAGAGGGAAAAGAUGAAAAGGGUUGCGAUAUGCAGGAUUGUAUGCCCUAGUUAUUCAAUUAAAGAGCGUUGACUAAUGUUUUACCCACAGACAUGGAUCCAAAUAGAUGCCGCGAGUGUAAGUACUUCGUGUGUCAAAAAGACGAUAAAAAAAGGAGCAAUGCACUUCCUUUGACGCUUUUAUUUUAUUUUUUAUUAUGAUUAAUACAUUGCCGAUUUAAGUAAUACCGACUAUUGAUGUACUGAAAACGUCAACUAAUAAUGAGGUGAGUGGCUAAACGUUAGGCUCGAUGCACUAGCAUUUUUAACGACGUCACAGUAGGUACAAAAAAAAGGACACGCUUGGUUUUCAUAGGAGGAAUUUGCGUUAUCUACUUGGAUCUAUGUCUGUGGUUUUACUAAUACUAAAUAUGCUUAAUGAGAAGGUAAAAAUAAAUAUUGUUAUUAUUUUUACCAUUUUAUGUAACAUGAUGUUUAUUCGUCGCUUUAUAAGGUUGGUAACUCUCUUCUGUUAUUCGUCUGGUCUGUGGUGUUCACAUAUCAUCAGGUGACCAUGAGGGUCACUGGACCAUACUCUCAUUUGUCCUCCUCUUCCAUAAAAAACACAAUGUGUCCGUGUAAAUUAGUGUGAGUGCAACAGCCUCCUACAUGCAAAUAAAGUAAGAAUUGUUGAAAUAAAGCCUUUUACCACCCAAUUUAUCGAGUACUUUAUUAUAUGUACUUAUUAUGGAUUUCCGCAAAGUAACAACUAUUUCAAUAAAAAAUACUUUGUUUACUAAAAGUGUAUAUUAUGUACUUACCUAGGUACUAUCUUAUCCACAGAUAAUCAAAAGUAUCUUAUCAUACUUAUCGUGACAAGUACUUACUACUAGUCCUUGAAAUUACUUCUGGUAGCCUUUCAACAACCUUAAAACAUUGAAGUAUUGUAUAAUAAUUAAGUAUAAGCAUGAGAUAUAUUUGAUAAAUUACGUAAGAAACUAAAACUAAUGUAGAUGCGGCGUUCAGGCAGCUGAUGCUCUUGGGCGUGACGGGUUAUCCUGCCUAAAAUCGUCAUGCCAGAAUUGAUGAAGUCAUCCGCAGGGCAUUUGCCGCUCUUAAUAUACCAGCUGUUUUAGAGUCUAAUGGUAUUACCCGCCGCGAUGGCAAGCGUCCGGACGGAAUAACGCUGGUGGCUAGGGCACGGGGAAGGGCGCUGGUGUGGGACGCGACUUGCGUCGACACUCUGGCUCCUUCUCAUGUAUAAGUUACGUCAGUUGGUGCGGCGGCUGCUGCUUCGACUGGUCUCAGUGAGUACAUACAUCUUUGUGCCGUUAUUGGUGUCGAGGCACUUAGCCCGUGGGGCCCAGAGGCGCAGAGAAUGUUCAAAGUACUAUCUUCGCGUCUCAAUAGGGCUACUGGAAACCCACGCGCUAGCAGCUAUUUCGGUCAACAGAUCAGGCUAGCUAUCCAGCGUGGAAAUGCUGCCAGUAUUCUUGGUACGCUUCCACGUAAUAAUAGUUCUAAUUUUAUGUAGUCAUAGUAUUGUAAAUAUAGUUAAACUUAUAAGAUUUACUAAAACUUCAUUAAGUAUUCAAGAAUAUUAUUAACUUUAAACUUUGAUGAAGGAUUGAUCUCCGCUGCACUCCAACUAGAUACCGCACUACCUAAGAACAAUAACAUUCAUUUUGUAACAUUCGCUUCGUGUUAUUUUGAAAUUAAUAAAAUACAAAAUACUUA